ACGCAUUUUCAAGAUUGAACUGGUUUUUGUUUAAGUGUCUUCUCAUUCAAAAAUAGUAUCUUUUGAGCAAAGCAUUACUUCCAAAAUAAUGCGUGGUGAAGGUAGAGGUGGUGGUGGUCCCGGAGGCCGAGGUGGUGAUAUUAAUUUUAUGUAUGGAGAUGGAAAGAAUGCAAAAGGAGAGAAAGAAGAUGCCACAGACCCCAACGCACCCAAAAAGGAUAAAAUAGAAUUCGACAAUAUAAAUAUUAAACUUAAAUUUAAGAACAAAGACCAAAACCAGUCGACAUGGCGAGGGUUUUGGAAAAAGAUCAAAACACUAUCCCCAUUUCUUUGGCCCAAAAAAUCCUGCGUAUUACAAACCAGGGUGAUAAUUUGCUUCAUUUUACUGGGAUUUGGAAGAGCUAUAAACUUGUAUAUUCCAAUAUUUAAUAAAAAAAUUGUUGAUUCCUUAACGGAAACACCUACACACGCCUUGGAGUUUCGCUGGGACUGGAUUUUGACUUAUGUAGCUUUUAAAUUUCUGCAAGGAGGCGGAGGAGGUGGGAUGGGAUUCUUGAAUAACUUGAGGUCGUUUUUGUGGAUUAGAGUGCAACAGUACACUACCAAGGAAGUCCAGGUCGAACUCUUUAGACACCUACACAGUCUCUCUCUAAGAUGGCACUUGAACAGAAAAACUGGAGAAGUACUCAGAAUCAUGGAUAGAGGCACAGAAAGCAUCAACUCUCUACUACAAAUGAUUUUGUUCUCGCUUGGACCAACAAUUGCCGAUUUGUUGAUUGCAAUUAUUUAUUUCUUCACUGCUUUCAACUAUCAGUUCGGGCUUAUUGUUAGUAUUACAAUGGUACUUUAUCUAAUGUUUACAAUUUCCAUCACCGAAUGGAGAUCAAAAUUUAGAAGACGCAUGAAUUUAGCUGACAAUGCCACUCGUGCCAGAAGUGUGGAUUCUCUAUUGAAUUUUGAAACUGUUAAAUACUACGGAGCUGAAAAUUAUGAAGUUGAAGCUUUCAAAGAUGCCAUUACUACAUUCCAGGCAGAAGAAUGGAAAUCGAGCAUAACAAUGAACAUGAUGAGCUCAGCACAAAACUUUAUCGCGAACGUUGGUUUACUUCUUGGCAGUUUACUUUGCGCCUAUUACAUUGUCAACACUGACGACUUUAAAGUUGGGGACUACGUUUUAUUUGCCUCUUAUAUUGUCCAAUUGUACAUGCCAUUGAAUAUGUUCGGAAUGCAGUACAGACAAAUCCAGAACAACUUUGUCGAUAUGGAAAAUAUGUUUGAUCUUCUACGUCAAGAACAAGAAGUCGUUGAUGCGCCAAAUGCCAAGGCUCUGGAAGCCAAAGAGGCUGGAAUUGAGUUCAAAAAUGUCACUUUUAAAUACACUCCAGAAAAAACCAUCCUUAAAAAUGUCAGCUUUUCCGUUCCUCCUGGAAAAACUGUUGCCCUUGUUGGCCCAUCUGGCAGUGGCAAAAGUACAAUAAUGAAAUUACUAUUCAGAUUUUAUGAUGUUGAUUCUGGUUCAAUAUUGGUUAAUGGUGUAGAUAUAAAAAGUGAUAUCACGCAACAAUCUUUGAGGAGUAUUAUUGGGGUUGUGCCACAAGAUACUGUGCUUUUCAACCAAACGAUUAAAUACAAUAUCCAGUAUGGACGAAUAGGUGCUGCAGAUGCUGACAUUAUUGAGGCUGCCAAAGGAGCUGAUAUUCACGAUAGGAUCAUGACUUUUGCUCAACAAUAUGAGACAACUGUUGGAGAAAGAGGUCUACGACUGAGUGGUGGUGAAAAACAACGAGUAGCAAUUGCUAGAACCCUCCUAAAAGCGCCAGCAAUAAUUCUGUUAGACGAAGCCACAAGUGCCCUAGACACCCACACUGAACGAAACAUUCAGGAAUCAUUAAACAAAAUGUGCGUGAACAGAACCACUGUUGUAGUAGCCCAUAGACUAUCAACUAUCAUUAACGCCGAUGAAAUUUUGGUAGUUAAAGAUGGUGAAAUCGUUGAGAGAGGUCGGCACAUGGAUUUGGUACUUAAAGAAGAUGGUAUUUAUGCUGGUAUGUGGAGACAACAACUAGAAAGUAAUAUUGAAGCUAUGGCAAAUGGUAAUGGGGUUAAAGCUAUAGAAGAUAGUCCAGAGGAUGAAGAUGAUAGGAGACCUAAUGGAGUUAAGGCAGGUCCUGGCGGGCUUAAAGGCCGGGGUGGUUUUGGCGGUAGACCAAGUGGUGGUAGGGGUGCAGGACCAAGACAAGAAAGCAAUGAUUAGAUUCAAUUGAUAAUAAAUUGGACGUUUCAGAGUCUAAUGAGCCUAAAUUCCUGAAAUUGAAAAGUGAACCUAAAUAAUGUCUAUUUAAUAUGAAUUACACAGGAGACUAUACCUAAUUAACAAUCAAAUUCCUUUCAUAAUAUUAUUAAAUAGACAGGUAUUUAGUAAAUCCAUUUUCUUUUGUAAAAAUAUGUAGUUGUACUUAGUUGAAUGUUUCUGUGUGAUACGGACUUACUUAAUUUUUUAUAUUACAUAGGUAGGUAGGUACUUUAGGUAAAUCGUAGCUGCUUGUAUAUAUUGGUACAAGUUCCUUUUAUAUAAAAAUACCAAUAUACUUUUAUAAAAAUAUAUAUUUAAAAAUUAUAAUAAAUUGUGAUUUGA